CUACAUUACAAUAUAUCUCUCGCUGUAUGCUGGCAUGAAUUGAAAGUCUUGCUACUUGCCAAGAAGCUUGUGGCCCAGUGUGAACCCAUCAGCCCUGCCCACAUUUUGUCCCAGAUAUUAAGCCGCAAUGGAGAAUAACCUGCCGGAAGAAGCGCAGGCUUACCUUGGCGAAAUCGUCAAGCGUCUCAUCCAACAUCUGAAAGACCAACUCGUCGGCGUGUACCUUUUCGGUUCGGCCAGCUAUGACGCGUAUGAGCCGGGUCUUAGCGACCUCGACAUGCAGGCAAUCGUCAAAAGUCCGCUCGAAACCGAUGAAAAGCAGGCCAUCAUCUCUCGCUUGAGCCAGGAUAGUUUGCCGUGCCCAGCCACUAAACUCGAGUUCGUCGUGUAUGCUCAGAGCUCAGUCAAACCAGCCAGCCGCCACCCCGCCUUCGAACUCAAUCUCAACACCGGGCCUCACCAAUCCAAUCAUGUCAGCCUCGACCCCGCGAAUGAGUCAAGCCACUGGUUCCUCCUCGACAUUGCUAUAGGGCGCCAACUUGGCCGCUGCUUGUACGGUGCUGCUAUGACUGAGGCUUUUGGCGCCAUUCCUCGCCGCUGGGUUCUUGAAGGGAUGGCGGACUCGCUUGAAUGGCACCAAGCAAAUGAAGCAACUUCAACAAACAGCGUGCUGAACGCUUGCCGAAGCUGGCGAUACAUUGCCACAGGAGAGUUUUGCUCAAAGUUGGAAGGGGCCAACUGGGCUAUGAAGCAGCACGAUUGUCCAGCCAUUGUCGAACGUGCCAUUGCGGCUCGCAAAACAGGGGUUAAACUUGAUGCUUCUCAAGUAAUGGAACUCUAUAAAAUAGUCGUCGAGGUAAAUUGCGAUAAACUCAAGACCAAGGUUGAUUGAGCACUCAGUUGUCUAUUUGGAGCCAGUAGGCAGCAUAUUGAGAGACCGGCGCAGGACUUUCCAGGUCAGUGACUUGCCGUUCGUUGUCGAUCAUGAGUUGCUUGCAGAUGGACUUGCGCAAUUCUUAGAGUGCAGCUUACGCACCGGGCUAGACAGGCAUGCUGUAGAGAUGUUUGGAAUGGCAUUAAUGUCUGAAACACCCAC